CUGCGCACAGAAAAAGCACACUCGCUCUCGCACUCCAACUUUUUCUCUCCUCCUUCACCAUUUUCAGUUUUCACUUAACUCUCACACCAAACUGUUUUUAGAGAGAAAGAGAGAGAGAGAGGGGAAAGGGUAGACGGUUCGUUUCUGAGUCACAAUGGUAGACGUGGACCGGAGAAUGACCGGUCUGAACCCGGCUCACGUAGCCGGCCUCCGCCGGCUAUCGGCCCGAGCCGCCGCGGCGCCAGCAAGCGGCUCGGCCGCCACGUCAUCUGUUCCCGCGCGAAACGGCCUCCUCUCGUUCUCUUCCUUGGCGGAGAAGGUGACAACACAUCUCCGAAAUUGCGGCGUCCAGGUCCAGCCGGGUCUCUCCGAUGCCGAGUUCGCCCGCGCCGAGGCCGAGUUCGGCUUCGCCUUUCCUCCCGACCUCCGUGCCGUCCUCUCUGCCGGCCUCCCCGUCGGCGCCGGCUUCCCCGACUGGCGCUCCCCCGGCGCUCGCCUCCAUCUCCGCGCCUCUCUCGACCUCCCGAUCGCCGCGAUUUCGUUCCAGAUUGCGCGGAACACUCUCUGGUCGAAAUCUUGGGGUCCGAGACCGUCCGAUCCAGAAAAGGCACUGAAAGUCGCGAGAAAUGCUCUGAAGAGAGCUCCGCUUCUGAUUCCGAUCUUCAACCAUUGUUACAUCCCUUGCAAUCCUUCCCUGGCCGGAAACCCCAUCUUCUUCGUCGACGAGAAUCGGAUCUUCUGCUGCGGCCUGGAUCUAUCCGAUUUCUUCGAUCGCGAGUCUCUGUUUCGCAACUCCGAUUCCGAUCUUCACCUCCUCAAGAAGCAAAGAUCCGUGAGCGAGAAAUCCGCCGGUUCGUCCUCAAAUUUCUCUCGAAGAAGCCUCGACACCGGCGCCAGGACGCCGCGGUGGGUGGAGUUCUGGAGCGACGCAGCCGUCGACCGCCGCCGGAGAAAUUCUUCAUCAUCUUCGUCGUCUUCGCCGGAGAGAUUCUUCGACAUGCCUAGAUCGGAGGCUCCGAAAUGGGUGGACGAGUACGUAAAGCAAAUAGGAUCCGUUUUGAGACGGGGCGGGUGGAGCGAAUCGGACAUAUCCGAAAUCGUUCAAGUAUCGGCCUCUGGAUUCUUCGAAGGAGAGAUGGUUUUGUUAGACAACCAGGCGGUUCUCGACGCUCUGCUUCUGAAAGCGGAUCGGUUCUCGGACUCGCUCCGAAAAGCCGGGUGGAGCUCCGAAGAGGUCUCGGACGCUUUUGGGUUUGAUUUCCGACCGGAAAAGGGGAGGAAACCAGUUAAGAAACUCUCGCCGGAGCUUGUGGAACGUAUCGGGAAACUGGCGGAAUCCGUCUCCCGGUCAUGAUACCAGCGUCGACUUUCUUUUCUUUGUUUUUUUUUCUUUUUUAAUUUUUUUAAAUUUAAAGAAGCCUCGGGUUUUGCUUUUUUUUUUUUUUUUCCCCUUUGGUAAAAAUAUUGAAAUACACGGGGGAACGGGAUGUACUACGAAACCAUAUCACAAAUUGAAAAGAAAAACGAUCAAAGGGUUCAAAUUACAA